AUGGAGAAAUCCAAACUCGCCCUCUACAUCACCCGCGUCCUCCAGCUCAUCUCCGCCGCCAUCGUCCUCGGCAUCGGCAUCACCCUCGCCCGCGACAUCAACACCAUCAGCCACGGCAAAGGCUGCUACCAACACGGGGACCCAGACGACAAGAUCAAGUGCUCCGACCUGGUGGGUCGAUACCCUUCCUCGACGGCGUACGCGGCGUUCACGGGGGCUUUUGGACUGCUGGAUGGGAUUUUGGGGUUGGUUGGCGUUGUGGUGAUGGGGGUGCCGUGGUGGGUUGUUGUGGGGGUGGAUGCGUUGGCGGGGGUGUUUUAUUUGGCGGGUGGGGUGAACUCGGCGGUUUUGAGGGCGAAGAAUAGCGAGUGGAUUGAUCACCAGGGGCUGCAUAUCUGGUCGAGGUUCGAUACAAUUACGGCGUUUAUGUUCAUUGGAUUUUUGGUUACGCUUCUUUGUAUGGCGCUGGUUUUCUUGACGGGGAGGAGGAGGGGCAAGUCGAGUGUGGUAUGA